UAGAGCGUGCGCCGUGCGCCAAUUCCGCGGCGCGUGGUGGGCGCACGAGUGUAGGCCCGUAGUCCGUUCGUCCGUCCUUCCCUUUGACUUUCUUCAGCCCCGGCCUCUGUCUUUGCAGAGGUCACAGGAGGCGGGGGCCGCGCGCGCGUCCCCAGUGGCAGCGGGAGUGGCAGCUGCGGGUUUGCGGAGCCCCGGAACGCCAAGGGCGAGAGGAGCGCGUGGCAGACCAAAGGGAGCCCGCGAGCGGCCGCGUGCCCACCAAUAGGUGCGGGGCUCGGAGCCGCCCAGCCCGCGCGGUUCCUCUCUCCGCCCCCGCCGCCUCCCCCUCCUCCCCCUGCUGCUCCCGCUCCGCCGCGCGUCCGGCACUCGGAGCGCCGCAGCGGCAGCGGCGGGUGCAGCCUGCGCAGAGCCGGGCCGGGAGCCGGAGAGGACCCAGCGCGCACGCCGCAGUCACACCAUCCGCAGCCCCCGCGGCAGCUGCUGACCCACCACCAUGGCUCGCGGAAAAGCCAAGGAGGAGGGCAGCUGGAAGAAAUUCAUCUGGAACUCAGAGAAGAAGGAGUUUUUGGGCAGGACCGGUGGCAGUUGGUUUAAGAUCCUCCUGUUCUACGUGAUAUUCUACGGCUGCCUGGCCGGCAUCUUCAUCGGAACCAUCCAGGUGAUGCUGCUUACCAUCAGUGAGUUCAAGCCCACCUAUCAGGACCGAGUGGCCCCGCCAGGACUGACCCAGGUCCCCCAGAUCCAGAAGACCGAGAUCUCCUUCCGCCCCAGCGACCCCAAGAGCUACGACGCCUACGUGACGAACAUCAUCCGCUUCCUGGAGAAGUACAAGGACAUCGCCCAGCGGGACGACAUGGUUUUCGAAGACUGCGGCAGCGUGCCCAGCGAGUUCAAAGACCGAGGCGCCUUCGACAGUGACGCGGGCCAGCGGAAGGUCUGCAGGUUCAGGCUGGAGUGGCUGGGCAACUGCUCUGGGCUGCAGGACGACACGUACGGCUACAGGGAGGGCAAGCCCUGUGUCAUCAUCAAGCUCAACCGAGUCCUGGGCUUCAAACCUAAGCCGCCCAAGAACGAGUCCUUGGAGAACUCCCUCGGGGCGAAGUACAACCCCUACGUGCUGCCCGUCCAGUGCACCGGCAAGCGGGACGAGGACAAGGAGCGGGUCGGCGCCGUGGAGUACUUCGGCCUGGGCGGCUACCCGGGCUUCCCCCUGCAGUACUACCCCUACUACGGCAAGCUCCUGCAGCCCAAGUACCUGCAGCCCCUGCUGGCCGUGCAGUUCACCAACCUUACCCUGGACACGGAGGUGCGUGUCGAGUGCCGGGCGUUCGGCGAGAACAUCCAGUACAGCGAGAAGGACCGCUUUCAGGGACGCUUCGAUGUGAAAAUCGAAGUCAGGAGCUGAUCGCAAGCACAGACCGUUCCCACUAGCCAUUUAAAAAGUUUAAAAAGAUACAGAAACCUACUAGUCUUGAACAAACUGUCAUACGUAAGGGACCUACACUUAAUCUAUCCGCUUUACACUAGCUUUCCGCAUCUCCUAGGUUAGAAUGUAAAUUUAAAGUGUAGCAAUAGCAACAAAAUAUUUAUUCUACUGUAAAUGACAACAGAGAAACACAAAUUGAGCCUUGGGACGUGCCCUUUUUACUGUAAACUAUGAUUCCACUCUGACGUGUAGUGAGCGGUGUCACUGGCCCUAGGCGUUGCUGCCGCGUGUGUGUCACUCGGUGUAGCCCUGGUCACUUCCAAGCCAUGUCUCCCCGUCUGUUUUCUACUUCACGUGAGCGAGGCUCGCUGUCCACGGUGUAAAUACUUGAGGGGGUGGCACUGGCAUGGCACUUCUCUGGGGGGGGUGGCUCUUUCACAGGUAUCGGCCCACCAACGACCCUUUUUCACACACUCCAUAGUCUUUCCUGUGGUGUUUGUCAGGUCUAUUCUUUUUUCUCUUCCCCUCCCUGGGGCUGGGGGGUGUGGGGGUGUCACGGGGGAACCGCCCUUUGAAUGUCUGGGGACACUGCAGAGAGACGCGGAAGGGUGAGGGGCCGUGUUGUGUUCGUACCGGACACGGUCCGGCCGUCUCUUACCUUGGCCCCCGCUGCGUCCCAGGCCCUCGGGGAGCCGGCCCGGUGGAUCUGCCUGUGCGUUUCCUUCCUUCCCUCCUUUCCCGGGAGGCAUCACGCGCUGGUGCCGUGUCUUCGUGAAUGUUUUGACCAUUUUCAUGGUGGAAGAAUUUUAUAUUUAUGCAGUUGUACAAUUUUAUUUUUUUUUCCUGCAAGAAGAAGUGUAAUGUAUGAAAUAAACCAAAGUCACUUGUUUGAAAAAUAAACCUUUAUUUUGGACUUUAUAAAGAGCGAUGCAGUGCCCCACAGACCGGUGUUCAAUGUUGUCUGCAGUGCAAACUCCGUGCCCUAACGUGUGUGUAACAAUCGCCAGGAGUGCAGUGCUCUCGUUGACUUGUAUUCAGUCAGUGAAAACGACAGACAAUAAAAGAAUGAACUCA